CUUACUUGGGAUCAGAGUAACAUAGCUACCUUACCUAUAAAGUACCACUGUAAUAUAGUUUCUGUAUAUAGGAGAUGGUGAGAGGUCCUUUCAUCGACGCAAAUGGAGUUAAAAAAGGUGCAUGGAGCGAAGAAGAAGACCAGAAGCUUAUUUCUUAUAUUCAGACCCACGGCCAUCCUAAUUGGCGCCAACUCCCCAAGUUAGCAGGCUUGGCGAGGUGUGGAAAGAGUUGCAGGCUUCGAUGGAUGAACUACCUGCGACCAAAUCUCAAACGUGGGAACUACACUCCACAAGAGGAGGAACUCAUCCUCAAACUUCACGAACAGCAUGGAAAUAAGUGGUCGCUGAUUGCUGAGAAGCUGCCUGGAAGAACCGACAACCACAUAAAGAAUCACUGGCACAGCCAACUCAAGAGGCGAUCGAGGGACAGAGGAAGGAAUGAUUCUGAGGUGAAAGGCAAGAAAACAGGUCGUAACAAUGCGACCAAGCAUCCAGAAUCUGAUAUUGUGAAAGUCGUGAAUGAGUUGAAUAAUAUAUUAGAGAGCUCAUCCUUGAACUGGACGGAAACGACGUCGUCGUGGACCACGGCAGAUCAAGACAACUCUGUUUCUCUGCCUUCUAAUGAUAUAGGAUCGACCGCCAAAAAUUCCCCGGAAGAGUAUAACAGCGUGGCUUCACGGGAAGCCAGCAGAUUUCAAGAAUUCAGCGGCGAUUUUUGGACCGAGCCGUUUAUAUCAGAAGAUAUGUACAGUGAAUAUUGCUAUCCACAUAUUGGGGGCGACGGUGGCAGCGCCGGCGGAGACAUUUUUUCAUAUGAUGGGGCACUCUUGUUUUUCUAAGUCGUCACUCUGAAGAUAUUCAGUGAAACGGUACGAGACAGAUUAAUUGGAGUUUUUUUUUUUUUUUUUUGGUUCUAGGUUUAAUUUUUCAUUUUGUCUUGAGCUGAUGAGUGGCAUGUGGGAGCAGAGCGGAAAAGGAUCAUCAGGCACAAAAGAAUAAGCGAACACUAGUGUUAAUGCUAGUGUUUAUUUUCACAAUUGGUGACUUGUUCUCUGUUUUUCCAAAACGUCAUUGGCCGAGCACUAUUAGGCUAGAGUCCAUGAGAGUUCUCCCCCCCCCCCCCCAAAAUCAUGUUUAUUUUAUUUUUGUUAUUUUCAUAACGGAUAAAUUCCAUGUCCCUGAAGCAAGUGUAAUUAUUUUGAACUAAUAAGGUACACAGGAUGAGCAAGAAUGGAAAAAAAAAAAAAAAACUCUGCCUAUACAGCCAGAUUAGCAAGGAAAAGGGACAAUUGACUCCGAAAACUGCUUACC